GUAUGGAAUAGAAUCACAUCCAAGGAAACUCAUCUUUGAUUGGUCCACGUACUGAUUUAGCACUGUCCCAGCUUGGAUUCUUUUGUCCUCUCCUCUCUCGCGUUGUGGUGUGUGUUGUGUCGUAGAGGUCCAUUUUGUCUCUCCGGUAAUCAUUCAUACCUUUGUAUUCGUAUAAAUUACUACUAAUAAUCCAUAGCGACGGAAAAGGCAACCAAAAAAAUAAUAAAAAGUUCACCGGAGAGACCAAUCUAAGGCUCAGAUCUCUCUCUCUCUCACCAUCAAUGGGUCUCUGGGAAGCUUUUCUCAAUUGGCUUCGAAGGAUUUGAGAGGUUGGAAAAUUAGGAAAAAAAAUUUAGCUGCACCCUUGAUUCCUGUAAAUUUGAGGCGUAGCAAGUGUUUGGAGUAAGGAUUUAACCACUUUGGAAGGGUGAAUGAUGUAAUUCAUGUGAGCAUUGGACAUUUCAUUAUAACCAUAAAUUGGGUAUGCCUUCCUGCUUUUUGACAUGGAUCUGCCGUAUGCCUACAUGUAACUUCCUCUUUUUUAAGCAGGAAAUGGAGCUUUCUUUGAUAGGGCUUCAGAAUGCUGGAAAAACUUCACUUGUAAAUGUCAUUGCUACUGGUGGAUAUAGUGAAGACAUGAUCCCUACAGUGGGAUUCAAUAUGAGGAAAGUAACUAAAGGGAAUGUUACAAUAAAGUUGUGGGAUCUUGGAGGUCAACCCAGAUUUCGUAGUAUGUGGGAGAGAUACUGUCGCGCGGUUUCUGCUAUUGU